AUGCCCAAAGAAAAGUCUGUCAAUCCCGCACAAGCUCAGCGCAAAGCUGAAAAGGCAAAAGCUAUCAAAAAAAGCAAGGCAUCUUUACAAGCUCAGAAGAAUGAACGACUCGCCAAGAAAAAUCCACAACGUCUACAAUCCCAACUCGACGACCUCAAGAAGAUAGAAAGUUCUGGCGGGAAACUCACAAGUCAUGAACGAUCGCUGGUAGAAGGAUUAGAGAAGGAGAUCAAAGCUGUAAACAAAGCGCGCGAAUCUUUAGGCGAUGCAGCACCUCAGUUUUCGCAGUCGAGGAGUGGGUUUGGUGGAGACAGGGGAGGAAGAGGAGGGUUUGGGGGACGAGGCGGGAGCGGUGUUUUGGGCAAACGAAGAAGAGAUGGGGACAUGGACAAGGAGAGUAGUGGGUCGGAUGUGGACGAAGAAGUUAAGAGAAUACCCAUGCCAAGGGAUACGCCACCUCCUUUCCCCAAAGAAGUACUGGAUAAAUGGUACGCGGCGCGACGGGCGCGGUAUCAGGCACGGAAUCAAAAUGAAAACGGCGAGAAGAGUGGAGGCACAAGCGCGAAUUCCAUGCCAUUGGGAGGAAAGGAUCGUGGGGAAUUUGGUAAUCGGGAUACUGGAAGUGGUGUGAAAGUACAGCAAGAAGUCAAGACAGUAUAUGAAGCGAAACCGCAAAUACGAGAUUUACGAAAGGAAGCUGUGGCUUUUGUUCCCGCGGCUGUGAGGAUGAAAAUGCAAAAGGGAAAGGGAGAAGGUGGUUUGAUGGAACCGGAAGAGAUGGAAAAAUUAGAAAAAGAAGGUUAUAUCGCUGGUAGUACUGGGCAAAGGAAAGAAACUGAGGAAGGUGGUCAAAUGACCGUCGAGAUGGAGGAAGUGGAGGACGAAGAAUAUGCUUGAGCUGCAUCAUCAAUCGCGGAGAGCAUAUAUGUACGAUAUCCGAGUUAAAUGAUACCCCCGAAAUUAAAUGCAAUUUGACGUCUUCAAGAUAUUUUUCAGAUGAUCACUCAGACGCAAUCAUCAGACCUGAAAAGGGAAAUUUUCCUAAGAUUGUUGAUGAAGUAGGAACAGAGUUCUACCGAAUGCUAUCUCGCUAUUGACGAGUCGGAAUACACAUGAGAGAAUUCAUGUCCAAUAUACAGCCACAUCCGCAUUCAAGAAAAUGCACAUUGCAAGAAGGCUCGUUUACAACAAGAAAAGUGGACACUACGAGAAACGGGGGUCUGAAUGACAUGUAACAAAUCAAAAGUGGCAAAAGAAGAGGAUAAUCAGUGUUUAGGUCAGAUUUUGCAAAACGGGUGGAAUAAAGUUCACAUGAAACAAGGAAAUUUUGAGUGAAAGAAACCGAGAAAAUCAACAAAAGCUACUCAUCUAUCAAUCGUAGCUUCCCAGCAUUUCUCUGCUGACUCGUUUAUGUCCCCUGAAUCUCUUUCCGUGGAAGGUUUCCAGAGCCGCAUCAUACAGCUUCACAUCCGCAAUUGCUUAAUCAAACACUGGAACGUCCAACGUUUGUCGGUAAUGAAGGUUCCUACGCAAUUAGUGGAUGUAUUUGCGGCACCAAGUAUCUCAAGUUGAACUUGCACAUGAAGUAUCUUGGUUACGUCACUUUAUGAAUGUAGAUGGACAGUCAGCGUUAUAUGUCGACUCAGAAUGUGCUUUGCAUAGAUCGUGCUCGCGUUGUUAUUGCUUGAAAUAGCAUCGUAGCCCAUGAAAAUAUGUCGUAUACAGUGCAUGUAUUUGUACUGAAGGUCCUUGCCCCUGAUUAUGUAGCGUCGUCAGUACAUCCAAAAUGUAUAAUUACCACUUCAUUAUCUGUAUGCUUGGGACCCACGGACUCGAAGUUAAGAUGCAUUGAAGGAUUGGAUGGUUGAGCUAGUUGUGGUUGAGUUCAAAUUAUGAGAGACAUUGGUUCUGCUCGCUUCAAGCUUUGGCCGGACGUGCAGUUCAAUUGCAAUCGAUUAUAGGUCUAGGUUGAUUCUCUACUCAUAGCCUUGCUGCUUCUCUCUGAAAAUGAUUUUCUUCUUAUUCCUCCACUGUUCCAUUUAGAUCAUACUGAAUUGAUGAGAAUACGAACAAGUUGUUCUACAUCUUCGUCAUCAAUAUUCACUUGUUCUAUAGUACGGAUAGCGUGUAUGCAUACCGUACAUUUUCAGGGCUGGGCGUCUGCUUUAUUACAUUGUUUACGAUUCUGGCCUUGUUUUUUCUACAACCGAUAACUUAUUUCUUGGUAGUAG